AUGACUCCCCUCAAUACUUCUCGUCCCUCUCCUGUCACCUUCUUGCUGAUGGGCAUCCCAGGACUAGAGCACCUGCAUGUCUGGAUUGGGCUUCCCUUCUGCUCCUUGUACAUAGUGGCUGUGGUGGGGAACGUGACCAUCCUGGCUGUGGUGAGGGCAGAGCGAAGCCUCCACGAGCCCAUGUUCCUCUUUCUGUGCAUGUUGUCGGUCACCGACCUCGUCCUCUCCACGUCUACGCUGCCCCGCAUGCUCUGCCUCUUCUGGCUUGGAGCCCAUGACAUCGCCUUUGAUGCCUGCUUGGCCCAAAUGUUCUUCAUCCACAGCUUUACUGCCAUGGAAUCAGGCUUCUUUUUGGCCAUGGCCACUGACCGUUAUGUGGCCAUUUGUCACCCACUGCGCCACACCACCAUUCUCACCCAUGCUCACAUCACUAUAAUGGGAAUCAUUGUGGUGAUUCGGGGUAUAGCUUUCUUUUCUCCACAUCCCAUCCUGCUCAAACGGCUGCCCUACUGCAGGACUCGAAUAAUUGCCCACACCUACUGUGAGUUCAUGGCUGUGGUGAAGCUCGCCUGUGUGGACACAGGCGCCACCAAGCGUUACAGCCUCAGUAUGGCUACAAUCAUUGGCUCGUGCGAUGCCAUUCUUAUUGCUGUAUCCUAUGCCUUCAUUCUGCGCUCUGUAUUCCGCCUGCCAACCCGAGAAGCUAGCCUUAAGGCUUUAGGCACGUGUGGAUCCCACGUCUGUGUUAUUCUUGUCUUCUACUCCACAGCUGGUUUUUCCAUUUUUACUCACCGUUUUGGGAAAAAUGUGCCUGCACAUACCCAUAUUUUUAUUGCAAAUAUGUACCUUUUGGUGCCCCCUUUUCUCAACCCUAUUGUGUAUGGAGUAAGAACCAAGAAAAUACGGGAACAUGUUCUUAGGAUACUAAUGGUCACAGUUGCUUGA